GGGUAGGGCGUGGCCACAGCAGUGGAGCCUUUAAAGGGGAGGCUGAGUCAGGGCCCCGGUGAGCUGAUAUCACCUGCCUGCAGCCCGCUCCCUCUCAGGCUCACCUUGGGUGCUGUGGGGUAGGAGGCAUUGGUAGACUCCCACCAGGUACCUGACUCCAUCAUUCAGCUACACCUGUGCCCACCUGAGCAGCACCUGACCAGUGAACCUGCAGCAUCUCCACCCCAACCAAGGAAGGUCACCCCCAGGAUCCCAUUGGUGAGGUUGUGACCACCGAGGACAUGGACCGAGUGACCAGAUACCCCAUCUUUGGCAUCCCUGACUCGCCCCGCAUCACUGGCCCGGAGCUUGAUGGGGACAUCAGCUACACAUUCAAAAUGGUGGGCGUGGGGCCGGAGGAGACUGGCUGGGGCCAGGGAAAGCAGCCUGUCUGGCCGGCUAGCCAUGAGGCCCGGCUGAACAUGAUGAGGGCUGGAGCGCCCCACAGCCUGCAUGCGUUCCCUGGGAAGCUGUCCCCACAACCACCCUACCCAGACGAUGAGGAGGAUGAGGAGAUGAAGGCUUACCACCUGGAGGAUGCCAGGGACACCUUCCCCAGGCGGCCUCAGGACCUGGAGCGGGACCGCCGGGCGGUCAUCCGGGGCCAGGCGGUCAGGAAGAGUGGCACAGUGGCCACGCUCCGAGGCGCCCCAGACCAGGUGGACAGGGCUCCUGACCGCACUCUGUCCCAGUUGCUGGAGGAGAACGCAGUGGACAGGGAGCAGAUUGACUUCCUGGCAGCCCGGCAGCAGUUCCUGAGUCUGGAGCGCCCUAACAAGGAGGCCCCUCGGAAGCCCCCAUCCAGAGUGGUCCCCGGGGGUGCCCCACAGGGCGUCAGCCAGGCUCCCAAGGCCUUCUAUGGGCCCCACGUAGCCAAUGGGUAUGGCGUCGCUGUCGGGCCUCAGGUGAAGGAGGUGGUUGUGUUAGAGAGGAAGAAGGUUCGUGAUUCGCCCGCUGGGUCUGACGUCCGCACGGUGGCUGAGCCUGGCCCCCGCCCCCGGGCAGGGUCCCCGGAGCCCCCCAAGGAGACCCCCAUCGAGCGGGAGAUCCGGCUGGCCCAGGAACGAGAGGCCGACCUGAGAGAGCAGAGGGGCCUGCAUCGGGCGGCCGGCCACCAGGAGCUGGUGGAGAUCCCCGCCAGGUCCCUGCUGACCAAGGUGAGUCUGACCGAGGCGCCGCGGCGGGAGAGGAGCCGCUCGUCGCUCUACGUGCAGCGGGACAUCGAGCAGGAGACUCAACGUGAGGAGGACCAUCGUCGGCAGGGGCUGCAGUGGGGCCGGGCAUCCACACCCAACUGGGACUCCAAGGGCCCCCAACCUGAACUCAGAAGGGCCCUCAGCUCUGACUCCGUCCUCAACCUGGUCCCAGACGCCCGAGCGGCCGACCCGGCCCCAGAGGUGAGAAGGGUGGACCGCAUCCCGCCCAGUGCCUACCAGCCGUUCCAGAGCCCCGGGAGCGCCCAGCUGCAGUUCCCAGCCUUCGGCGCGUCCGCCAAGCCCCGAGGUCCGUCUGCAGACGAGGUCAAGGCCGGGCCUUCUCCAAAGGCCACAGGGCCUCAGAGGCGUGGCUUGGAAUCCCCCGGAAAGGGUUCGGGUCCAAACGAAGAGCACUUGAAGGCCCCCCAGAAACCCCCGCGAGCCGACGGGGGUGUAGUGUGGGACGAGUACUUCCGCCUGCGUCCCCUGCGGUUCGGGGCUCCCGAUGUGCCCCAGGAGGCGGAGGCCUCCCAUGUCUGGCAAUGGCAGGUGGCCGGGGCCCCGCCCUUGAGGCUGCAGAAGUCCCAGUCGUCCGAGCUGCUGGAGAGGGAGAUGGCCAGCGUGCUGCAGCGAGAGCGCGAGGUGGCCGAGGAGCGGAGGAACGCCUUGUUCCCCGAGGUCUUCUCCACGUCGCCAGGCGAGGGCUCCGGCAACCAGGACUCCAGGCACUCCUCCCAGGCGUCCGGCAUCACAGGCAGCUACUCUGUGUCUGAAUCACCCUUCUCCACCCCCGUCCGACUGCACUCAGGCCUGGUAUGGACGGUGAAGGCUGAGCCUGAUCCCGCAGAAGCACCACCGGAGGCUGCUCAGUUGCAGAGGAAGAAGAAGGAGGUGUGGUACGCGGGCGUCAACCCCUCAGACGACAUCAACUUGGGGAUCGUGGAAGCCACACGGGUGACCCGCCACAAGAACGCCAUGGCAGAACGCUGGGAAGCUGGCAUCUAUGCCAGCGAGGAUGAAGACUGAGGCUGCUGCUGGAGAUGGGGCACCCACCCCUCCUGCCUUGCCAAGACUGCCAUCAAGCCCCCACCUUAGAAAAUAGGUCCCCGUUUAAAUCCACUAUCUGAAAACCAGAAUUACGUGCCAAUAAUCAUGAAGGUGAACGUGCUUUUGGACUCAAGGGUUUUCUUUCCAUUCUUAUUUCCCUGGAGAAAUUUUUUCUGCUUUUUGGGUCUCAAACUGGGGAUGAAGCAGGAUGCUUGUGGAAUCUUCUUCUAAGACUUUGCCAAACACUCUGGAGUCCAAGAAAGAAGGAGACACACUCCCCCGCCUGAAGAUGGAAUUGGUUCCCACUAGUCUGAGGGUGGAGUGUCUGGUCGAUGAGGGUGUUAUGGAUUGAAUUGUGUCCCCCCAAAAUAUGUGUUGUAAAUCCUAACCUCUAUCCCUGUGGUUGGAAUCCGUUUGGGAAUGGGUUGUCUUUGUUACAUUAAUGAGGCAGGAUUAGUGUAGGGUGUGUUUUGAGUCAAUCUCUUUUGAGAUAUAAAAGGGAUUAAAUGAGCAAGUGAGAAGCAGAGACGAGGAAGAUUGAUGCUGAGACACAUGGAGAUCUCAAGGAGCCACGAAAAAGGCUGAAGGGAGAAAGAUCUGCCUCAAGAGCUCAGAGAGAGGGAGGAAGCUUUUCCCUGGAGCCUGUAGCCUAAAUUCAGACUUCUAGCCUCCUAAACGCUGAGAAAAUAAAUUACUGUUUGUUAAAGCCAUCCAGUUGUGGUAUUUCUGUUAGAGAAGCACUG